AUCCUUCGAACCCCACCGCGACCGAGGGCGGUUACUACAUCUCAGUCACAGCGUGCCAUUCGUUUCUUUGGAGAUCGGAGAAGGGAAGAGAAAAUAUUUAGCAUGGCUGCAAAACGUGUUGAUGAAGAAGAUACAGACUCCCAAAUGCAAGACGACUCUUCCUCCGCCUCUUCUCCCACUACGCCACCCGGCCAGUUGUCAACACACUUCGCAACCGAGCUCUCCCCGCCAGAUUCGCAACAGCUACACGCACAAAACCCAGCAAACGCACCCUCGCCAUUCACGCCACUAGCCAGCACUAAAGGUAGUAGUGCCAACAUAAGUAAAAAGAUGCCGCCCUCAGCCCAACUGAAUGCCAAUGGCAAACGCAACUGGGAGAGCAAUGGCGCUAGUGCAGAUAAGAAAAGCGAGGACAAUGAUGGCGAAUAUAAGUGGGAGCGCGAGGAGGAUGCACCUGGCUUUACGUGGCUGAACACGAAGGCUAAGGAGGAUGCACAGCGUGCAUGGGCUCAGGUCAUGGAGAAGGAAAGGAAAAUUGGAAACAAGUAUGGAGACGUACUGCUCAAAUGAGGGAUAAUGAGGAUUCCCAAAACAUGCACAAAGGACUUGAAAGGAUGGUUGCAGAAGCGAAGAUCGACUUGGUCUCCUGGACAGGGCGCUCAGCAGAGAGUCGAUGCAUGGCUAGGCUCUAAAUAUGGCGGACACAGAUGUCCACCUGAAUGGUCGCACCAAGCUGCGAAGAUUUAUCUACACGCCUGGGUAGUUUCAUGGCAUCAGCUAUACAACCCAAAGGCGAAAGUGGUAGGAACAUGAUCAUACACGGAUUUAGAGAUUAUAGCUAGUCAAAUGCAUGCAGCAGAAUAGCCUAGCACCACGUUUUAAUACAGAAAUCUCCCAGCGCUGAUUGCUGGUUAUGCUCUUA